UUUUUGAGUGUUUGUUUGCCAUGAGAGUCUAGCACUAUGACCCGGUAUAAACAAGCAAACCCGACACUGUUCACACUAUUUAGCUUAAAAAGUCACAUAUGACUGACCCACAAAAAGCCACCGAUUGUCCAAUAUCUCUAAAUUCAUGAUAUAAAUUUCUACUUGCAAUUACCCUCCACCAACCAACCAGUACACAAUUUCAAAUUCAACAUUCCCCAAAAACAAAUUCAACAGUCCCCAAAAUUCAUAAACGAUGAACAACGCUCAUUCUAAUAUCGACAACAAUUGAAAUCGGCCGAUUCUUGUUGGAUAAAGUAUCUAGAUCAUUGGGCUACCUAGAUCAUUCUCCGGUUUUCAAGUUUAGUCCAAUUGGAAGGACCAUCAUUUUCGGAGGAGACGCCAUGGACAUGGAAGAUGAAAUUAGCAAGGUUGAACAGAAACGUCAUGCAUUGACAACGACAUUGAUUUUGCUUGAGGAGAUACUAAGAAACCAUCGAAUUAACCUCCUUCUUAUAAGUAUGUUAAUCACAUUGAUACGACCAAAUGGCGGUAAAAGGAAACGAGGUGGUAGAGGUACAGCCGAGCCUCUGAUGGAUGCAAUUCCUGCUCAUGUGAAGCAGUUAGAUAGGCUAGUGCGCAUCUCAGAUCGUUCAUGUGUAGACAAUUUAAGGAUGGAUAGAAACACAUUUGGUCGUUUAUGUCGCAUCCUGCGAGACCGGGUAGGUUUAAUUGACCAGAAAUUUGUUACCAUCGAGGAACAAGUUUCUAUGUUUCUGUGCAUUCUAUCCCACCAUAAGAAGACACGAAUUGUCGGUCAUGAUUUCAUGCGAUCUUCACAAACUGUGUCGAAAUACUUGCAUACAGUUCUUCGUGGAGUGCUUACUCUCCAUGAUUUGUUUUUGGUGAAACCUACUCCGAUUGAUGAUGAUUGCACUGAUUCAAGGUGGAAGUGGUUUAAGGGUUGUCUAGGGGCUUUGGAUGGCACAUAUAUCAAUGUACGGGUCCCUCUUGCUGACGCACCCCGCUACAGAAAUAGGAAAGGACAGAUCACGACAAACACACUUGCUGUGUGUGAUCGACAUCUUCGCUUUGUUUAUGUCUUGCCCGGUUGGGAGGGAUCUGCAGGUGACUCGAGGAUCUUACGUGAUGCAAUUAGCAGGCCACGUGGACUUAAGGUGCCUAGAGGUUGCUACUACCUUUGUGACAACGGUUACGCAAAUAGUGAGGGAUUUGUCACACCGUUCAAAGGAGUUAGAUAUCAUCUUAAGGAGUGGGGACCCGGAACCCAAGCGCCCCAAACCCCCGAAGAACUUUUCAACUUGAAGCACACCAAAGCCAGAAAUAUAAUUGAGCGGUCCUUUGCAGUGUUGAAGAUGCGUUGGGGAAUUCUUCGCAGUCCCAGCUUCUACCCAAUCGACGUUCAAACAGGUUUAAUUAUCGCUUGCUUCCUGCUUCACAAUUUUAUACGGAGUCAGAUGGAGGUAGAUCCUAUCGAGGAAUUGUUGGGUGGUCAAAUUGAAGAAGGUUAUGGGAGUGACAAUGAUGAAGUGGUUGCUGAUCACAUUAGCAUUGUCAACCCAACAACAUCUUGGAAUAGUAAAAGGGAUGAUCUCGCCAAGGCUAUGUGGGCAGAGAAAAAUAAUGCUUAAACAGGUUGCCCUGGUGUCUAAUUUGAAACAUUUGAACUUAUGUUAUUGCCUAUGUACGACUAUAACUUUUUAUUCACUGACUCAUAUAAUUUCGAUGGUGGUGUGGACUUUUUUGAGUUUCAUUUUGGAUGAAGUAUAUAUUUUUAUCCAA